AUGCACAACGGCACUGCCGAAACUCCGCAUACGGUUGAAAUGUGUAACGAGACUUUGUCCGCACGGCCACCGAGCUCCGAGCUUUCACUGGGCGUGUUGGUGCUGCUGGCUUUCUUCAUGGUGUUGCUAGCUCUGGUCACCAUCCUCGGAAAUGUCCUGGUGAUCCUCGCUUUCAUCAUGGACAGAAACCUCAGGCAUCAGAGUAACUAUUACUUUCUCAAUCUUGCUAUUUCUGACUUUGCAGUGGGUGCAUUCUGCAUGCCUCUCUACAUCCCUUACAGCCUGACGGGUAAAUGGCACUUGGGAAGAGGCUUCUGCAAGCUCUGGCUAGCUAUGGACUAUCUCCUGUGCUCAGCGUCAGUAUUUAACAUUGUUCUUAUCAGCUACGACCGUUUCCUGUCAGUUACUAAAGCUGUAUCUUAC